AUGGCUGAUAAAGCAAAACCUUUUAUUUGUACGAACAUCAAAUCCUAUGUACCUAUCAUACUCGAUCUCAACGAGUUGAACUAUGAUGUGUGCUGUGAAAUCUUCUUGACCCAUUUUCGUGCCUAUGGUCUCCACGACUAUCUUGAUGGAACUAUAACUUCCAAAGGCCCUACUAAUGUUCAUUGGGAUAACCUAGAUAAUCUGGUUAAGUCAUGGCUCUAUGGAACUAUGACACAAUUGCUUCUUACCAUGAUCUUUAAGCCAAAAUUCUCUGCUCAGUCCAUCUGGGACAAUCUUGAGGCUUUGUUUCAAGAUAACAAACACUCACGAGCUAUUGAACUUGACAAUGAGUUGCACUCCUUGGUUCAAGGUGAUUGGUCCAUUACUGAUUAUUGCCAAAAGAUGAAGUCAAUUGCCAACUUAUUGGUAAACAUUGAAGCACUUGUUAUUGAGAAAACUCUUGUCACUUACUUGCUUAAUGGCCUCAACCCCAAGUUUGACAACAUCUCCCUGAUCAUUCGCCACAAAGACACACAUGUUACUUUUCUAAAGGCACGCUCAACACUUGUGUCAGAAGAAUUUCAUAUCAACCGCAUGCACACCUCAUCUUCCAAUCACUAUGAUCAUGGACCCCCCCAAGUGCUUCUUGCAAACAGCAAACCAGAUUCCAGGCGUCCCAAUCACAACAGGUCUUCUACCACCUGA